CUCGCAGCGUCCAGGACCUCUCCGCGCACCUCCGUAUAAAGCUAUCACCUGGACCAUUGGUCACAUUAGUUUAUUAGCCUCGUGUCUUUCACGCGUUUCCGUCUUCCCGUGUUUUCGCCGUGUCCGCCGUGUUGUGCUCCACCACGUGUAUGAGUCCGUGUCACGUGCAUCCGUGCUCGGCGUUCCUCUGGAGACGCGCAUCAUGAAGGUGCAGUGGAAGUGGUUCUACGUCAUCCUGGUCACCUUUUUCCGCCAGAUCGUCGCCGAGCCUCCCGUCUACAGCGCCUACCCCCCAUCGGGUCAGGACGGCUACUCGCCCCCUCCACACCCCUCCCCCUCGCCGUCCCCCGCGACGAAGGACGAGGGCGAAGGGUACCACUACGCAACCCCCGUGCCGGCCGUAGAUCUAGGUCAAUACGAUGUCCCAGUCAGUACGUACAAGCCAGUCAUUCCGUACACAGCUAGUCCGGUGUACAGCACGCUGCCCAAGGCCGCGCAGGCGUACAGGCCGUACAAGAGGAAACCCUUCAAGUCCAUACUCUACUCGCGGGAACACCUGUACAAGAAGUACGGGAAUAGUUUAGGCCCGUUCCCUUUCAAGUCCAGGCCCUCGCCCGAUAUCACGGCGGCCAUUUUCAAGCCCAGGCCGCCGUCGCUGGCCUCGUCUGGGUACGCGACGGGAGGCUAUUCCAGGGGACCUAGCAGUUCUAGCGGCUCGUAUCCUAGCGGUUCAAGCGGCUCGUAUCCUAGUGGUUCUAGCGGAUCGUAUCCUAGUGGUUCUAGCGGCUCGUAUCCUAAGAGUCCGUACCCCACAGGCUACAAUGAAGUCUCGGCUCCGGCUUACUACGAAUUCUCGUACAAGAUCGAAGACUACGACUCGGCGAGCGAUUUUGGGCACAAGGAGGGACGCAACGGGGACACGACGUGGGGCUCCUACUCAGUGCUGCUCCCUGACGGUAGGAAACAGAUAGUCGAAUACACAGCCGAUGCCAGUGGCUACAGGCCCAAGAUCAGAUACGAGGAUGGACAUCUUCCUAGACCUCGCUAUUGAAUCCAAUUUAACGCUCAUCUGAAAUCGCAUGAAAAUUGCUGCACCGAAAAAAAAGAUGCUAUAGUAACAUCUCGGAUGUUACGGUUGUUAAAAAAAAUGUGCGACAAAUCUUGGAUGUUGCUAUACUCUGACAGUUAACGUAGCAUGAUAGGAUGUAAAAUUAACAUCCUAGGAUGUUACUUUUACAGCCAGAGUGGUAAUGACAACAUCCAAGAGUUGUCGCACAUUUGUUUAACAUCCAAGAUGUGACUACAGCACCUCUUUUUUCCAUGUGUACACCACACGAGCUACUUGGUCAAAUCAAGCAAUCCGUCAGAUGUACAGGCCUACGAAAAAAUUAGAAAUCGACACUUGCCCUAGGAUGCAAAAUGACUUUUCAUAAAAUCUGAUUUUGUAGAAAAGUGAAACUUCAUUGUCCAUGAAAUUUCAACAAUUUUCAAGGGGUUGCGCAUGAAAUUGCGGUUUUAGGUAUAGAAUGUCAUUUAUUCUAGAGGAGAAACAUUUGCCUGUACAAUGUACAUUCACCUAAAACACAUCCUGCAGUCGGCCGAUUAUUUGGUCAUUCAGUCAAAUGUCAAGUCAAAUAAUCAGACCGGAUGUUAGGAAAAAUCAACGAAUUGCUUGAUUUGACCUGUAGCUUGUCACAUUUAGUGUAAAGCAGAUGCCAUAAAAAACCGGGAACUAUAAGGCAACGCCCACUGCCACGCAAUAAUUUUAUCAUCGCUUCUCGUGGUUAGCACAGUUUUAUCACACGUCUCAUCACACGUUUUAUCACGUGCCACGGUAAUUAAUCAAUUACACUCAAAUGUGUGAAUUGGAUGAUAACGGGGGGUGAUGCGAUAUGUGUAAGAGUGUUAGCACCUAUUUUAAAUAGCUGCUAAUUAAGAUAGCACAUUUUUCCAGCAAACGUAAAUAAAAAGGGUGACAAUAUUUGUAACUGUGAAAUGUGAUCGAGUUGUAACUGACUCGAUUGAAAUUCCACAAUCCUGUGAAACACCGACACCAAUGUCUACGGAAUGUUAAUAAUAAUAAGAAACACUCACUGCCAACUAAGCACCAUUAAUAUCAUUUCCAACCGAUCAGACUCUUCACAUGAAGUGUUCUAUUCAUUUAAUGUUUUUUUAAGAAUAUUUUUAUUUUCCCCAGAAUUUUAGCCAAUUUUGUUACUUGAUUAAAAAUGAGAGACUUUAUAAAAAGGAGCAAAUACAACUGACCACACAAACACCCAUAUCAUGGGUAUCAACUGACCGACACGGGUGAACUAGCUACAAAUUAAUUGGAUCAAUAAAACCUGGCACGAAUGAUACUUUUUCUCAGAUUGCGUUUUAAGAUUGUUGACUAUCUUAUUUGAACUGCAUGCGGGUAUAUAAUUAUAAUGGUCAAAAUUGGAAGAUGUGGAACUUAUCGGUAUUUUCUAGUAAUCAUACGGGAAACUUGGGUGAUAAACAUGUCAGAGGAGCUUUCCUAAAACGUUUGGCUCCGAAAAUUGGCUAUAAGAUAUCUUUUGGAUGUGCUGAAAUUAAGAUGAUUGUUGAGUUAACACUCCACAAUUAAUUAAAACAUCAGACCCUGCCCUCCUCAGUAAAAAAGAGUUUAAAUCAUUUUUACUUACUGUAAUCUGCUCUGUUUAAGCUAUAUUUUUUUCAAGAUGAGUGGUUGACCAAAGGUAGAUCAACUCUAUAUUAAUUCGAUACGUUCUUAAUUUGUCUUAAAAUUUUGCGUCUCUCACUUUUUUUCAACAGUUUGUAAUAGCUCCCGUUAAUGAGGAUUAGAGACUAAUUCAUUUUGGUUAAGUCAUCAAAAAAUGAAUCCGUUGCUCAAAUGUAAUGAUUUAUUUACUCCCUAUACUAAUUACAUCCUCGACUGUAGAUCAAAUUCAGGUUUUUCAAGUUUACCAUCUUUAAUUAUUUUCUUGUAUACCUUUUCUUCGUUUCUCUUCUCUUUUUUAUUUCUUUUUUA